GGGUUUUUAUUUGUUGGAAAGAAUUGGCUUUUGAAUAUCAAGAAUUAUAAUCUUAUUAUUAUUUCUCUCCAUUUUUAAUUAAAUGGAGGGAGUAUCUGAUAAUGUUCAUGGUGUUAUAUUAGCAAUAUCAUCCAGUAUUUUUAUUGGUUCCAGCUUUGUUAUCAAAAAACAAGGUCUAAAGAAAGCUGGUGCAAAUGGAAAAAGAGCAGGUUCAGGAGGCCAUUCCUACUUGUUGGAACCUUGUUGGUGGGCUGGAAUGUUAUCUAUGAUUGUUGGAGAGGGAGCUAACUUUGCAGCUUAUGCAUAUGCCCCGGCAGUACUUGUAACACCCUUAGGGGCUUUAAGUAUGAUUGUGAGUGCAGUGUUAGCCCAUUUUAUUUUGAAGGAGAGGUUGCAUAUGUUUGGUAUAGUUGGUUGUCUCCUCUGCGUGGUUGGAUCUGUCACUAUUGUCUUACAUGCCCCAUUAGAAAAGAGUAUUCAAUCUGUCAAGGAUGUUUGGUACCUAGCAACAGAGCCAGGGUUCCUCGCCUACACUUUCACAGUUCUGGUGCUUGUACUUAUCCUUAUUGUCCGGUAUGUGCCUCGUUUUGGGCAGUCUCAUUUGGUUGUCUACAUCGGGAUCUGUUCACUUGCGGGUUCUCUCACGGUUAUGGGUGUCAAAGCAAUAGGAAUUGCUAUAAAGCUCACAAUUGGAGGGCAAAAUCAAUUCAAGUAUUUUGAGACAUGGGUUUUUAUAGUGCUUGUCCUCAUCUUUUGCCUUUUGCAGCUAAACUAUUUGAACAAGGCACUUGACACAUUUAACACCGCUGUGGUUUCCCCGAUAUACUACGUCAUGUUUACAACACUGACCAUUCUUGCAAGCAUGAUAAUGUUUAAGGACUAUGUUCAUCAGAAUACGACACAGAUAAUUACAGAGUUAUGUGGUUUUGUAACUAUCCUCUGUGGUACUUUUCUCCUUCACAAAACAAAGGACAUGGGAAACAAUCCAUCCAUACCAUUACCUGUUAUCGUUCCAACAACAGAUAUGGAUUAUAAGCAAGAAAGUGAAACCGCAAAAGUUACAGUUGAGGUUUGAAGCAAAUGGUGUAGAGUUUUGAUCAGUAAUUGCAUCAUCACGAGAGCACAGGGAAGAUGGAGACACUCA